UUGUGUGCAGGAUUAUUAGGCGGGAAGAGGUGUGCUUUGAGUGAGACUGAGAAACGGUGAAUUGAGUUUUGAAGAGUAAGAAGAGAAAUGAAAGAGAAAGAGAGAGAGGAAAUUGAAAAGUGGAUCGAGGGAGAUGAGAGUGGAGCGGAGAUGCUGAGCAGAGUGAGCAGCGUGCGGCCGUUCGUGUUUCCUCCGCCGCUGCAUAGGGUUCCUCUCCGCGUCGGCAACGUCCUGGAGCUUGUGGGACCCUCGCCCUCCGCCAAAACCCAAAUUCUCAUUAACGCCGCUAUCACUUCCGUUCUCCCCAAACCCUACGGAGGCCUCGACCACUUGGUCCUCUUUCUCGACCUCGAUUGCCGCUUCGACAUCACGCGCUUCUCCCAAUUGCUCAUUCAUCGCAUCACGCAACACGGAACGGAUUCUUAUGAUCAGUCCUUGUACCAUCUCUGCAUGGCCCGUUUUUUGUAUGUCCGUUGUUACGAUAGCUUUGAGUUUCUUCACACUCUCAGGACAUUGCAUUGUCGUUUAGAGAAGGAGAAAGAAGUUCAAGGAGUUGGUGUUCACGUGCUCAUGAUUGAUAGCAUCGGAGCUUUUCAUUGGAUGGAUCGUGCAUCAAUGUUCUUGUCUCAAAGAGAAACCAGCAAAAAAAAACUUUUCCUUCAGACUGUGUCAGAAGCUGUAGUACAGAAUAUUAAAAAACUUCUUCAGGUGCACCCUAUGCUUAUUAUGGCCACAAAGUCAGUGAUUUUUGGGAAUAGAUAUUCUACAGCUUCAAAUGAGGUCAAAGGGAACAUGGAAGAAAGAUGUUCAAAAAAUAUGACAAGAAACCAUCAAAAUUUUCAGUAUCGUGAAUACAUGCCAUCUGUCUGGCAGUCCUUUGUUACACACAGAAUACUUGUCCACUCUUCAGAUGAGCAUCCUGGUACAACCAAUCAUCAAAACUCCUCAGCCUACUUGUUGGAAUGGUUAUUGCCAAAAUUGAGUUUUCCAGACAGGAUUGUAGUGAAAGAUGCUGGUGUCUUUGUCCAAUCAUAAGUACUUGUUGCGAAAGGAUGUCUAUGUAAUGAUUAUCCUUGCAGUGGCAGUUGAUGUAGUACAGAUUCACUACAAGAACAAAGUUUGACUUCUUGACUGGAAAUAUUAUAACAUAGAUGGGAUCAAAUCAAGUUUUGUGAAGUUUACCUGUGAUUAAUUUUAUAUGUCGCAUGAGAAACUGAAGAGGAACUCCGUUCUACUUAGCUAUUCCAGAAAGAAUGACCAUUUUUCAAACCUAUACAAUGGGACAAAAGCACUGGGACAAAAGCACUGGCUGAAGAUAUUUCAUCAAACAUCAAACAUCAAACAUUUUCUAUAACAUAAUUAUUGUGCAAAGUUCAAUCACACCAAAUACUGGAAGCUUCAAGGGUUUUCUGCUGAUGGUGACUAAUUUGUACUCCUGGAUAGCAUGAACUCAUGCUUGAUAGUUGAACUUCAUUUGUCUUCCAUAUCCUUUUCCUGCUUAUUUUGCUUACAUUUUUCAUAUGUGCGCUACUUAUCAGCAUCUGCACCGUUGAAAUUCUGAUGCUUCAUAAUUCAUAUCAUGAGUAUUUUGGAAGCAAAUAUAUUAUUUGUUUAGGAGAAUAUCUUUCUAUUGUUAUUUGGUGAACUCCUUAAAUAAAAUUACUUUUGUGUUUUUAUGUGAUCAUUGCAUUGUUGUUAAUCUUUAUACGUACCAAUUAUUCCUGGCUUUGUUUGUUAUGUGCUUUUAGGACAUAGAGAAAAUGAUAAAUGUUGAAUUGAGAGGCUGAAGUUCAUCCAUAUUUGAGCAUAUUUGCAAAAGAUGGGAAAUGAUUGCAGUGAUGAUAGAAUUUCCAUAUGCCCCACCAUUCUUAUAUUCUUUUGGAAGGAAAGGAAGUAGUUUGGUGGGCACCACUCACCACAUACUUACAUCUCAUUCAUUCUAUUGAUUUUUUCAUUCUUUCUCAUUGUAAAAGCCAAAGGAAAUUAGGAAAGGGUUUUCUUUUCAUACUCUUUUGGAAGGAGGGUAAGUAAUUUUGUGGUCUCCACUCACCACAUAUUUACAUACACUCCAACCAUUCUAUUUGCGUUUCGUUCUUUCUCGUUGUAAAACCAAAGGAAAUUAGGAAAGGCCUUUCUUUUUAAGCACUCAAUACCAAUCGUGAGUGAUAACUCCUCUACUUUUGUCUAUCUUCUUUCCUUUCCUUUUUCCCUUUGUG